AUGAGUGAUCCGAGACAGUACGCGGAGAUUAAUCGGUCUCUUUUGGUUCUCAUUCCAAAAGUUGAGCAGCCUGUUAGCAUAAAAAUGGCAAUUAUCCUCCUUCUAUUCGUUCUGGAUACGGGCCUAGUCCUGAGUGCGCUGUCUGUCUUCUCGGCUGGCCCAAACAACGGGAUUGGUCCGGGAUUAGCACCAAAAUUCCUCGGCAUCUCAUCCUCCUGUUGCUGGUCAUUUCCUAAAGGAUCGAAGGUUCAGCCGACGCCUCAAAGUGGAUUUGUUGUGCGAAGAGUGCGACCGGGAUUUAGAGUUAGAAUAGCGGGGAAGACUUGA